GCGGGACUUCCGGAAUCGCCGAGUCACAACUUCCGGACGGAGGCGGAAGCGCCUCCUCGGGUCUACGCUUCGGAGUCUUGGUGUCUCUGAGGGGCCACCGGGGCGCAGGAGAGGGCCGCUGGAGGUGUGCCGGCAGCUCUCGGGUGUCAGGGUUGCGGAUCUGAGGGAUGAGGAGCGGCCAUGGCCAGCGACGGGGCCAGGAAGCAAUUCUGGAAGCGCAGCAACAGCAAGGUCCCGGGCAGCAUCCAGCAUGUGUAUGGAGCCCAGCACCCACCGUUUGAUCCGCUGUUGCACGGCACCUUGCUCAAGUCCACGCCCAAGGUGCCCACCACACCAGUGAAGGCCAAGCGGGUCAGCACCUUCCAGGAGUUUGAGAGCAAUACCAGUGAUGCUUGGGAUGCGGGUGAAGAUGAUGAUGAGCUCCUGGCAAUGGCAACAGAGAGCCUGAACUCUGAGGUGGUCAUGGAGACAGCACACCGUGUCCUGCGCAAUCACAGCCAGAGGCAGAGCCAGCCUUCACAGAAGAUGCCAGAGCCAGAGCCAGGGCCUCAGCCCAUAGCAGAGCCUCCUGUAGUUCCCAGUGGUGACCUUCGCCUGGUGAAGUCUGUCAGUGAGAGCCACACUCCUUGUCCUUCAGAGAGCACCGGUGACACAGUUCCUCUGCAACGGUCCCAGUCUCUGCCCCACUCGGCCACUGUGACACUGAGUGGGACAUCUGACCCACAUGCCCUUGCUGGCUCAGCCCUGAGUAAGAGAGAGACCUCUCGGCUGGACAAGUUCAAACAGCUGCUUGCUGGCCCCAAUACAGACCUUGAGGAAUUACGGAAGCUGAGCUGGUCCGGAAUCCCAAAGCCAGUUCGUCCAAUGACAUGGAAACUUCUCUCAGGUUACCUUCCUGCCAAUGCUGACAGAAGACCAGCCACGCUGCAGAGGAAGCAGAAGGAAUACUUUGCUUUCAUUGAGCAUUAUUACAACUCUAGGAAUGACGAAGUUCACCAGGACACAUAUCGCCAGAUCCAUAUCGACAUCCCUCGGAUGAGCCCGGAAGCACUGAUUCUUCAGCCCAAGGUGACAGAGAUUUUUGAAAGGAUCUUGUUUAUAUGGGCUAUCCGACACCCUGCCAGUGGAUACGUUCAGGGAAUAAAUGACCUGGUCACUCCGUUCUUCGUGGUCUUCAUUUGCGAGUACACAGACCAGGAAGAUGUGGACAAGGUUGAUGUCUCCAGUGUGCCUGCAGAGGUGCUUCGCAACAUUGAGGCUGACACCUACUGGUGCAUGAGCAAGUUGUUGGAUGGCAUUCAGGACAACUACACCUUUGCCCAACCUGGGAUUCAGAUGAAAGUGAAGAUGCUGGAAGAGCUUGUGAGCCGGAUUGAUGAGCGAGUCCACCGGCAUCUGGACGGGCACGAGGUGCGGUACCUGCAGUUUGCCUUCCGCUGGAUGAACAACCUGCUGAUGAGGGAGCUGCCCCUGCGCUGCACCAUCCGCCUGUGGGACACCUACCAGCAUCCCUUCAUAUGUCAGAGCUCUGCCUUUGAGCUACUGGCUGUGGUUGAUCAAGAUCAUCAGGACUGCCCUGGACUAGCAAGAGUGAGUGCCAGAGUGUUCAGUCACUGUGUAUUUGACUGUGGAGAUCCCCACCUCCCCCUUACACAUGCACAUGGGAGCAGGACUAAGCUUGGCGUGCGGCUGUUCUUGCAGAGUGAGGUGAGCGAUGGGCAGCCAUUGCUGUAGAGAAAGAUUGAAGGUCCAUCCUAGAAUGUUGUGACAUGGGCAGCUGUUCAUUGAAAACAAAUAUAAGCCCUGAAAUCAUUCAUAGAUACAGUUUUACAGUAGUGCAAGGGGAAAGAAAUGAGUAAGUAAAGGGGACCCCACUAAGGCGCAGCUUCAUCAUGACCAACGGGUGAGUUCAGGUGGGUCAUGGCCAUGUGGUUCAAACCCUAUAGCAACUGCUAACUAACCAAAGUGGUUAUAAAUAGCAGCAGACAAGAUGAGAAAAUACCAGAAUUUUAAAAUAUACACAUAUAUGUUUCUGUGUGUGUGUCUGUACAUGUGAGUGCCUGUGGUGGCCAGAAGUGUUGGAGCCCCUGGAGCUGGAGUUAUGGGUGGUUGGGAGAUGUCCAAUAUGCACAGGAGGAACUGAACUGAAUUUGGGUCCUUUGUAAGAGCAGAAUGCACUCCUAAACAAUAAGCAAUCUCUCUAGCUCCAAGAUACUUUGUUUGUUUGUUUGUUUGUUUAAAAUCCAAAAUGGACAGGAAAUAAAGGCAGCAAAAGGAAUAGAGAAGAAACAGUACACACUACCGUAACGCUAAAUGUAGGUGGGGUAACCACCCGGAAAGGUACAAGACCCAGUCAUGGGCUACACCUUCAUGUCAUGAUGUAGGAGGAGAGAGAAGGCCUGCAGUGCUUGUCAAAAGAAUGCUGGCUGUGUUGCUCUCAGGUGAAGGAGACUCCAGGCUACCCAAGUGAAACAAAGACCGCUUCUAAUGUUGACAUGUUCUGCUCACCAGGAAACCAUAACCCUAAAGACAUGUUUAUAAAACACCUGAAAGAGCAGAAAAACCAAAACUAGAGAUCGACUGGAUGAUAGGAUGAAUGGGCCAAAAUUCAGUAAAAAUAUCCAGGAUUCAAGUGACAUGCUCAGAGAGCUUGCAGGUCCCACUAGCAGCUCACGAGGAGAUGCUGGGUCCCCACAGCCUCUGUCCAAGGGUUCAUUGCCAGCCACUUAAGCUGAUCUAUUUCUUGGGUCAUCAAAGUCUGUGCAUAGUUUGAAAGGACUGAAACCUGACAAAGUGUAUCUGGCUAUGAGAGAAUUAAAUUAAAAACCAGACAGAGACCUAUCUACAUAUUCCCCAAAUUCUAAUGAGAUCCCUAGCACCACACUUCCGGCCUAGUUCAUGAGUCAAAUAGUGAGAGGGAAAUGAGGGCACAUCUCAGCUGAGAGGGUGACUACCUUAGAGUGCAGUUACGUCUGUGGCCACAGCUCACUGCACUGACAGCUCACGUGUGCCUCUAGGUGCACACAUUCAAAAGUUAAAAUUGAUCGUUUUAACCUUACCUUUAGCAGCUGGGGAGAAAAGCAGAAAUUAAACUCAGAGGAACUGGAAGGAAGGAAACAAUAGAGAGAGCAGACCUCAGUGAAAUAGAGCCAGGCAGCCAAUAAGGACCAACCAGAAUCAAAAGCUGAGUAACAUCUAAAUAAAAUAUCUCCAGCUAGGCUAAUGAGGGAUGGGGAGGGCUGACAGCCCAGGAAUGGCAGAGGGAACACGGCUAGAACUCCAUGAAAUGAGAAAGGUAGUGAGUGGCAGGAAUGGCAGAGGGAACAUGGCUAGAACUCCAUGAAAUGAGAAAGGUAGUGAGUGGCUAGUACUAACACUUACGGAGCCUGCUCAGGCUUUCUGAAGGCCACUAAAAAGAUUUGUCAUUAAGAGCCCUUCCAAGUGACCAUGACACACUCAGGUGACUUCACUGGGGACUACUGAGAGUCUUUGAGAGAAUAGAAGAAGGCAUGGCAUUUUCCACUUCCUGCAAGUCAGCAUAACUCAGACACCAAAAAGAGACAAGGACAUUAUAAGAAAAUUAGAAACCAACAUCUCUCAUUAACACUGAUGCCAAAAUCCCCAAGAAAGCAUUAGCAAAUUGGCUCUCCUAAUGUCUAAAAGUGGCACUACAUCAUGACUGUGUGGGAUUUACCCCAGACAUGCCAGGUUCACUCAACACUCAAAGAUCCAUCAAUGUAAUUGACCACAUUAACACAAUAAAGGAAGAAACCUUAUGAUUACAUCAAUAGAUCCAGAAAAAGCAGUUGACAAAAUUCUGUGCCCACUCAAGUAAAAAUUAUGACUUAGCUAGACAAAGAAGAAGCUAUGUACAAAGACAGUAAGGGAUUUGCAGGGUUGGUCUUGGUGAGGUCAAAUGCUUUUCCCCACGCCGAGAACAGGUCAGUAAUGUUUGUUCUUGCUAUUUACCUUCAGUGUUGUUUUGGAGGCCAGGCUGCCAGACAACCAGAGAGCUGGGCAGCCAGGCAGCCACAUAGCCCUGACAUCUAGAGAGCCAGACAAGCCAGAUAACCAGACACCCAGAGAGCCAGACAGUCAGAUAGCCAGACAGUCAGAUAGCCACAUAGGAAGCCAGACAGCCACAUAGCCAUGUAACCAGACAGCCAGAUAGACAGUCAGAGCCAGAUAGGCACAAAAGCAAAUUGAAAAGAGUGUAUUGGAAGAGCCUGAGUUGAACUUUGUUUAUAGCAUAUUUAGAAAAUUAUAAAGAAUUUGCCAAAAGAGACAUGUGAUACAAGGUCAGUAUGUUAGAUGUGGUUGGAUGUGUAUAUUAGAAGUGAACAAUUGGAAAAUAACAUUUUGGAGCCAAAUACCAUAGGUUACAUGGAUAGCCAUAAAAAUAUAUAGGGAGAUAUUCAAAUGAAAUUACUCAAGACCUUCACACUAGACCCUGUGUCACACUGCAGCUGUUGAAACUGACCUGAGUACAUGGUACCAUACUAAUGAGUGAAGACUUAGUGUAAGUGUGUUAGUCCUCCCAUACUGAUGAGUGAAGACUUAGUAUAUAUAAGUGUGCUAGUCCUCUCAAACUGCUCUGUAGAACCACUGGCAUCUCAAAUUUGUAUCAAAGUUUUGGGUAGAAAGUGGCAGGAGUCUUGUAAAAUUUCUACAGAGUUGCAGAGGAUCUAAGAGAAUGUCAUUCCUGAAGGAAGACCUGAGAAGGAGGAUUUAU